UGUGUUGUGUGUGAAUUUUCCCGCUCAAGUAACCUGUUUCAUUCAUAAUUAUUUAAGUUACCGUACACAAAAUGUCUAAAAAGGAUUAUAAUAAUUUGAUAAAAGCUCUAGAUGAUAUGAACAAGUGUUUAUUUUGUGUGGAAUGCCAUCAAUUUUGUAAAAAUCCGGUGACCUUAAGCAAAUGUUUUCAUUUAAUAUGUUCGGAACAUUUCCAGGAUUUGUCGAAUUGUCCCAAGUGUAAAGUAUCUCUCAAUGAUUGUACCACUUGGUCAGACGAUAAAUUGAACGAUGCAGUUCACGCCGCGAAGAAUUUGUCGGCAAUGUUUGAGCUUUCCAAGGAAAAUAAGCCUUGCGAUUCUGUUGAAGAGUCUCCAGGGAAGGCAGUGAAUAAGAUCAGUGAAUCGUUGCCGGACACUCCUCUACUGAAUGAGAUCCUUGCUCCGAAGCGCACCCCCGCAGCCAAACAGGAUGUUCUAAACAAUUCAACAUUAUCUUUAGCUUCUAAUAUAUCCAAAUCAGGAAAAACGGUAGAGAAGAGAAACAACAAAGGUGAGACAGCAUUACACAUAGCCUGCAGAAUGGGCAAAGCUGAUAAAGUAGCCAAACUUUUAAGUGAAGGAGCAAGUACGAACACGAAAGAUAAUGCUGGCUGGACUCCAUUACAUGAGGUUGUGCAGAAUGGACGGCAGGACUUACUAAAGCUUUUAUUGAGGCACAAUACGCUAGUGAAUGUCCCGGGACAGGGCAAUGAAACCCCUCUUCAUGAAGCCAUCCGUUACAACUACAUUGAAAUUGCGAAAGAUCUAGUUGCUCAUGGAGCCGACAUUAAUGCCAGAAACUGCAAAGGCGAAACACCUCUUAGCCUCGCUACCCCAGAGAUAGCAGCUAUAAUGAAAGAUAUAGCUGAGAAAAGGUUUAUUACAGAAGACACUUUGGAUUCAGACCUUAUCCAGAAACAAAUUGAGCUUGACUACGAAGAUAUUAAAGUUUUCUGUGUCUCACAGUCUCGCUCCGUCACCAACAAGCUGAAAGCCCUAACGAAACAUCACAGCAACCUCCAUGUCGAACAAAAAUUCAGUAACAAAGUCACACAUCUCAUAGUUGACGCAGAAGAUGGCAUUUGUGACUCGAGCCUUGAAGUCCUGCAAGGCAUUGUCAAUAAUUUAUGGAUUUUAACUUCUAAAUGGGUGACAGCAUCUACUGAUUAUAACUUAGCAUCCUUCGAAGAGUAUGAAGUGCUCGGUGUUAGUACAACUACAUAUAGAGGCCCAAAAAAUGCUCGCUACAACAAGUAUAAGCUGCUGCCUGGUAUUUUUAAUGGCUGUCACUUUUACUUCCAUAGCUUCAAUACGAAAUAUAAGAUUUCAGAUAAGAUAGAAGUUACGAAAGCUAUUUUAAGUAAGCUGGUUACCGAUGCAGGAGGAAUAGCUCUUAGGAGAGCUCCGAAUCCUGAAUCUAUACCGGAAUCAGAGAAACUAAUUCCGUACCAUGCACAGAGAGACGGUAAACUGUACAAUUGUUCACAUUACAUUAUAUACAAGGACAUGUAUGAGCCACUCUACAACAUGGCGCAUUUGAAGGCUCUGCCCAUCGGCUGGCUCAUCGAGUGCAUCGAGAAAUAUCAGCUUUGUGAACCUUGGUGAAAAUUGGACACAAAGAAAAUGUUAUAUUUUUUGUUUUAAAUCUGUUGAGACAUCACAAGACAUUAGUAUUUAGUUUUUCGUCCAGAAUGAAUUCAUUAAUUAUAAGAAAUGUUAAGAAUUUAAGCGUUCAUUUUCUUUAAUUUUAUAUACCUUUAUACCCCAUAGCGCUUAUAUGGCCAGACCAAACUGUAACUUCGAAAACACAGGCAACACAUGAAUAUAUAGUUCUGGAGAAACACCCCUACCUCGUACCUUCGCACUCUACAAUCACUUAUAUCAUUGAAUAAAAUUAAAUACUUAAUAAUACUUGGUAAUAUUAUUAUUUUUGAACCGAUGAUUGCAACUGAA